CGGGCGGCGCGCCGGAAGUGCGCGAACGGCGCCAACCGGGAACGGAGCGGGGCUGGAGGCCCGGGGCCGCGGGAUGAGCAAAGGGCGCGAGGCCGCGGCGGGCGGAGGCGCCGCCGCCGUGCUGCUGCGGUACCUGCGGGAGCAGAACCGCCCGUACAGCGCCCAGGACGCCUUCGGGAACCUGCAGCGGGAGCACGGGCUGGGCAAGGCGGCCGUGGUGAAGGCGCUGGAGCAGCUGGCGCAGCAGGGCAGCGUGCGCGAGAAGGUCUACGGCAAGCAGAAGAUCUACUUCGCUGAGCAGGAGCAGCUCCCGGCCGCCAGCGAUGCGGAGCUCCGCGGGCUGGACGGGGAGAUUGCCGAGCGCUCCGCCCAGCUGCAAGCGCUGCAGCAGAGCUGCCGGCACAUGGAGGCGGAGCUGAAGGACUUGAACAGCUCCAUGACAACCCCUGAGAUUACCAGGGAGAUCGAGGCACUGAGGAAGGACUGUGCCAGUUACACGGAGAAACUGGAGAGGAUUAAAUCUGCUACCAACCAUGUGACUCCAGAGGAAAAAGAGAAGGUGUGCCGGGAGCAGCAGCUGUACCGCCGGGAGUGGCGCCGGAGGAAGCGGAUGGCCACCGAGCUGCUGGAUGCCAUCCUGGAGGGGUAUCCCAAGAGCAAGAAGCAAUUCUUUGAGGAGGUUGGGAUAGAGACAGAUGAGGACCACGGUGUCGUGAUGCCAGCGAACACAUGAGGUGCUGGGAGAGCCUUUGUUCUGGGGAGAAGCUGCUGCAGAGCUGCCUCUGAAACUUGGCUGUUGGGUUGUUCUUUUUCUCUUUUUGCAGGACUGGCAUUUGUCCUGUGUAUUUAUUUGGUUUUGUUUUAAAAUGUUUUGUGGUUGGAAGGGUGGGUGGGUAGGAGUAACCUGGCACUGGCCCUCUCCUUGCAGCAGAAUGUCGUUUUUUCCUGCCCCCAGUGCACAGAGCUGUCUGGCUGGGGUCUGAUGUGGCUGGGGGGACACGUGGGGGCACUGGUGCUGUGUCCCUGGUGUUCUGGUAAGGAAAGGCAGAGAGGGACUCUCUGGGCUGCAGAACUCUGUCUGUGUUCUAGCUGCUUCCUGCUAUGUGGCAGAGCAGUCACAUGAGAGUAUGAUCCAUUAAACACCAGGAUUUUGGUUCAGCUGCA